GACAACACAUCACAAAGUAAAGCACAAACUGUCUCUCAGGAAUAAACACAAACACUUGCUGUGCAACACCCAUGGAGGACAUAGCAGCAUUCAACAAGGCCAUGGAGAUCGGCAGCGGCAUCUCGUUGGCGAUGACGAUGAAGGCCAUGAUCGAGCUGGACGUGCUGGAGGUCAUGGCAGUAGCAGGGCCCGGCGCUUUGCUCUCGCCGGAAGAGAUCGCGUCUAAGAUCCAAACCAGCAACCCUGACGCCCACGAGGUGCUCGACAGAAUGCUUCGGUACUUGGCCACGCACAAAGUGGUGACUUGCGAGGUGGUGGUCGGAGAGGAGGAUGGGAAGAACAAGAGGCGCUAUGGAUUGGGCCCGGUUAGCAAGUUAUUCACAAAGAAUGAGGAUGGAGUCUCUAUGGCUCCAGUCUUGCUCAUGCAGCUCUCCAGUGACUGGAUGGAAGCCCGGGCAAAUAUGAAGUAUGCAGUAAUAGAUGGGAGUACCCCAUUUGUGAAGGCUCAUGGAAUGACAUUUUAUGAGCAUGUGGACAACACCCCCCAUAUGAGUGAGCUGUUCAACCAAGCCAUGUUCAACCAUACAACUGUACUCAUGAAGAAGAUGCUUGAAAACUACAAGGGAUUUGAGAGUGUUCAUGUGCUUGUGGAUGUGGGUGGUGGUCAUGGUGGCAUUCUUUCCCUCAUAAUAUCCAAGUAUCCACACAUCAAAGCCAUCAACUUUGAUUUACCUCAUGUUGUCUCCAAAGCAAAACCCAUUCAAGGGGUGAAGUUUGUGGGGGGAGACAUGUUUGAAAAUGUCCCUAGUGGUGAUGCCAUCAUCCUCAAGAGCAUACUUCAUAAUUGGAGUGAUGGAAAUUGCGUGAAGAUAUUGAAAAAUUGUUGGAAGGCAUUAUCAGAUAAUGGAAAAAUGAUUAUUAUAGAAUGUGUUAUUCCUGAAAAUAUUGAAAAAGCAAAGAGGGCUUUGCAUUUUGAUAUUAAUAUGUUGACCUAUUUUUUUGGAAAAGAGAGAACUGAGAAAGAGUACCAAUUUCUUGCUGAAGAAAGUGGAUUUUCUCAGGGCCAAAAUUGUGUGUGA